AUGACGGGUUGUACCAAUUGGAGGUAAUUUCUAGUUGUCUUACUGUUUUCAGAUGGCCUCCAAUUUUUGCAGUCCUCUAAUCAGUGAAUGCGAGACGUUCAUCGCCGCGUCCGCGAGUUUCGAUCGAUUUUUGAAGAAGGCGGACGGAGCGAAAAAAUCGACAGAUUCCGAAGAUGACGUGGCGCCCAAAUCCAUCAUUUUCCAGGCCGGAACUCCCGUCGAUCGGACGCAGUGUGAGGGAAAAUCUGAAAAUGAUACGCUGUGGAAUCCCUGGACUUUUGACCCACUUGCCAUGAUCCGAUCGGGUCCGAACAUUAUUACAGGCUUCUUGGACUCGGAUGGAAGUUGCAAGUGGCUCAAAAGCCUGGGCCGGCCUUUUGCCCCGCUCUGUUGAUUCUGAACGAGUUCCAGCUCUGGAAGAUUUGCGGAUUUUCGUCGAAAACCUGGACAAAUCGUCGACGAGUCGCAAAAAGAUUAGGAAAAUGAAGUGGAGAAGGCAGGGCACGUGUCUCGGAAUGAUCACUCAGAAACAGGCCGAAAAGGUUGGCAACUUUUCGCGAAAAUUACUGACAAAACACUGUUUCAAAAAUCUCUAAUACCGCGUCCAAUGUCUCGGAAAAACCGUAAAAACCGCAGAUUUUUCUGUCCAAAGUCGGCCGAAAUUUGCGUGAAAAACGGGGUGUGCACAGCUCAAUGAGUGUAACCGUACCCCUAAAACUACGGUAUUUUUUGAAAAUUUGUUAAUUUCUUGAGGUUAUUUGAAAAUAUUCAAAUUUCUUGCGCAAAUUUUCAAAAAAUACCGUAGUUUUAGGGGUACGGUUACACUCAUUGAGCUGUGCGCACCCCCGUUUUUCACGCAAAUUUCGGCCGACUUUGGACAGAAAAACCUGCGGUUUUUACGGUUUUUCCGAGACAUUGGACGCGGCAUAAAUGCUCGGAAAACGACCAAGAGUACAGUGAUUUCUAACCUGUGAUGUUACGUGUCUAUUUGACUUUGUGCCUCCAAGAUAUCCACCCGAUCCGAUUCUGAUCCAACAAUUGCGUCAAUCCAAAUAUCGAAUGACCCCCCCCCCCCUCUCGAACCGAAUAACUAUUGCGCAAGUUUCUGAGAGAGUAAACUGAUCUUAUAAGAGAAUUUACUCUCAAAAUUUGAAUUGUAAGUUCUGAAGACCGUGUAUAGAAUUGAAAAGAAAAACCAAUUUGUUUUGUUAACUACCGUAAUCUUCGGGGGCUUUUCUUGGAAAAAGAGUCAAUUGGUCACAAAGAGAAGAGUGUUGGUUCAGAACAAAUUUGCAUAGUUGUUGAGAUCAGAAGGGAAAGGUCAAUAAAUGUAGAGGAAACAAGAAGAAGAAGGAGAAGAAGAAGGAGAAGGAGAGGACUAAUAAGGACAAGAAGAACGAGUAUUUUCAGCAGGAUAAUACUUAUUGGAGAGGGAUAAUUUUGCGAACAUUUUUGUGAUUUUUUGAAACUGAAAUUGUGAAAAUGUUUGAAUCGAUUCGAAGCGGCUAAUCCGCAGAGCAAUUUUCGCGUUAAGCUUGCGACAAUUUCGUGCUGCGCCUUUAAACAGCUACCGUAAUCUUCGCACUUGUGAGUCUAGAAUAGCAUACGAAAUUUGCGAAUUCCUGAACGAUUUUUGCACUCAAAUAGCGAAAAUACAAUGGAAUUCGAUAGGAAAAAUGUUUUUUUAGUCUAGACCUCAUUUUGUGUCCUUUUUGUUCAUUCCGGAAUGAUUUUCAUGUCGGCGAAAUUAAAAAUGAAUGUAAAUAGUCAAUUUCGUAUGCGUCUUGUCGUUUGAGCGCUCAAAAGACGCGCAAUCGGCUCUUUUCGACAACUCAAAAAUCAUUUUUGCAGGAAGUGCGUGGCCGUGGCCAAUUUGUGACCUACUACCGUAUUCCGGACGCUUUCCACCCUCAAAUGGGCAUUCCGAUCGACUGCUCCGUCACUCUUCAGCUCGUCAUUUGCUAUCUCGACACUCGUCACUGUUACAGGUGCUUUUUCCGAAAGAAAUCACAAUUGCUCUUUUCAAACGACGUUUUAUUGGCUCAGUAAUUCUAUGGCGUGCUCGCAAAAAGAUGUUAAUUAUAAACGCGCUAAAAGUGACAAAUUGAAAACUUGGCCUAGAAACCGAUGGAGUUUUCUAGGCCAUGUCCGUCAAAAUGCCUGUUUUUUUCAGACUUGCCAAAUUACGGGCCGGGCCGGGCCGAAAAUUUGCUGGCCCGGCCCGGUCGGCCCGGCUCAAAAGGCGCGAAUUCAAAUUUUUGGGGGAAAUCUAUUUUUUCGUUUUUUUUUGCGGGGUUCAAAAUUAAAACUUUUGCUUUGAUGCCAAUAAAAACUAUUUUUGAGAACUACAUUUCUUUUUUAUGCUCGAUACUUGCAAAAUUCGUUAGUUCUACGAAAAACAAACAUUUUAUUUAAUCAAUAGUUCAAAAUUUGGAUUCCCGCUUUUUGAACCGGGCCGACCGGGCCGGGCCGGGCCGGGCCAGAGUUUUGAAAAUUUCGGCCCGGCCCGGCGCGUGGCAACUCUGGUUUUUUUCGCAGUCACUAUCCAAUCAACAAGAUCACUUCGCCGUCGGCUCAAAUUUUCUACCAACUCGGUUUUUCGGACGGUCAAAAGUGCGCGAAUGAGCCGAUUUUUUUCACCAUCAAAAAUUUGAUCAAGCACUAUACGUUAGUCGUUUUUCGCGAAUAUUCUCGAGAUUUUCUCACUGUUUUCAGUCAAUUCGGCUACGUCGAUUCGUUCACUUCUGCCGGCGGAAUUCGCGUCGAAAUUUUUCCGAAAUAA